ACCACUGUGCAUCACCAUGGCGAGUUGCUCCUUCGCUGGCGACCAAGCGCUUAGGAGACUGAGAGCUGCAGCAGCAGCAGCCUCCGCAGCUCUAGCAGCAGUGGCGACCACCCCGCUUCUUUCCUCGGGAACCCCGACCGCACUCAUUGGGACCGGGUCGUCCUGUCCGGGAGCCAUGUGGCUCUCCACAGCCACUGGCUCCCGGUCAGACUCCGAGUCCGAAGAGGAGGACCUCCCCGUCGGGGAUGAAGUCUGCAAACGCGGCUACCUGAGGAAGCAAAAGCAUGGACAUAGGCGUUACUUCGUGCUCAAACUCGAGACCGCAGACGCUCCAGCUCGGCUCGAAUACUAUGAAAAUGCCAGGAAGUUCCGGCACAGUGUCCGUGCAGCGGCGGCUGCUGCAGCAGCUGCCGCCUCUGGGGCUGCGGUCCCAGCGCUCAUCCCGCCAAGGCGCGUGAUCACCCUGUACCAGUGCUUCUCCGUGAGCCAGCGCGCUGAUGCCAGGUACCGACACCUCAUUGCCCUUUUUACCCAGGACGAGUACUUCGCGAUGGUGGCGGAGAACGAGUCGGAACAAGAAAGCUGGUACUUGCUCCUCAGCCGCCUCAUCCUCGAGAGCAAGCGCCGCCGCUGCGGCAUGCUAGGCGCGCAGCUGGACGGGGAGCCGGCUGCCCUGGCGGCAGCAGCGGCGGCGGAGCCACCCUUCUACAAAGAUGUGUGGCAGGUAGUAGUGAAACCCAGGGGGCUGGGGCACCGAAAAGAGCUGAGCGGCGUGUUCCGGCUGUGUCUUACCGACGAAGAGGUCGUUUUUGUAAGGCUCAAUACCGAAGUGGCCAGUGUGGUCGUCCAGCUCCUGAGCAUUCGUCGAUGUGGGCACUCGGAGCAGUACUUCUUCUUGGAAGUAGGUAGGUCCACUGUCAUCGGUCCAGGGGAGCUGUGGAUGCAGGUGGAUGACUGUGUGGUGGCCCAAAAUAUGCAUGAGUUGUUUUUGGAGAAGAUGAGAGCCUUGUGCGCAGACGAAUACCGAGCCCGAUGCCGCAGCUACUGCAUCAGCGUUGGCGCCCACCUGUUAACCCUGCUGUCCACUAGGAGGCACCUGGGCUUGCUCCCGCUAGAGCCCGGAGGCUGGCUCCGAAGAUCCCGCUUUGAGCAAUUUUACCACCUCAGGGCUAUCGGUAACAGGGAAGAGGAGAUGCUCUUUACCCGGCGCUUCGUCACACCCAGCGAGCCCCUGCCUCCUCCCCGGAGAGGAAGGGGGCACCUGCCUAGAGCCCGCAGGUCCAGGAGAGCGGUUUCAGUACCACCCAGUUUUUUCCACCGCUUAGCACCUAGCCCACAGCCUGUCCCACAGCCUGAAGACGCCCCCAAGGACAGAGCUAUUGAAGCCUCUGGCAAUUCUGAAGAACAAGAUAAGGAGAGUGAAGAAGGAAACGGAGGUGAUUACAUGCCCAUGAACAACUGGGGCUCAGGAGAUGGCCGGGGCUCCGGAGGCGGACAGGGCUCAAGUGGCCAAGGCUCCAGUAGCCAGAGCUCAGGAGGGAGGCAGGGAUCUGGAGGUGGCCAAGGCUCAGGAGGCCAGGGCACUGGAGGAAACCAGUGUUCAGGAAAUGGGCAGGGCAUGGCAGGUGGCCAUGGCUCAGGUGGAGGGCAGAGGCCAGGAGGUGGCCAUGGCUCAGGUGGUGGCCAGGGGCCCAGAGAUGGUCAUGGCUCAGGUGGGAGCAAGAACUCAGGCGGGAGCCAGGGCUCAGGAAGUGGGAAAAAUUCGGAUGAUAGUGCCCGUGGAAAAUCUCUGAAGAAAAGAUCCUACUUUGGUAAAUUCACUCAAAGCAAGCCCCAGCAAAUGCUGCCUCCUCCACCACCCCCACCUCCGCUCCCACCAGCUGGAGCAACUGGUGGAAAAGGGAAGUCUGGAGGAAGAUUCCGACUUUAUUUUUGUACAGACAGGGGAGCCACAAAAGAACGCAAAGAAUCCAAAGAGGCAAGAGAUGUGGAGACCCCAGAAGGUGCGACCCGGGGUCCUCGCAGAGCCAGAGCUUUUGAUGAAGAUGAAGAUGACCCUUAUGUGCCAAUGAGGCCAGGGGUGGCUGCUCCUCUUGCAUGUUCCAGUGAUUAUAUGCCAAUGGCUCCUCAAAAUUCCUCGGCUUCAAAAAAGCGCCACUCUAGGUCACCCUUUGAAGACUCCAGAGGUUACAUGAUGAUGUUUCCCAGAGUGAGCCCACCACCACCUGCUCCAAGUGCUCCGAAAGCACCAGAUGCCAAUAAAGAGGAUGACUCAAAGGACAAUGACAGUGACAGUGACUACAUGUUUAUGGCUCCUGGAGCAGGUGCGAUUCCGAAAAAUCCCCCCAAUCCUCAGGGAGGCUCUUCCUCCAAAAGCUGGAGCUCUUACUUCUCUCUGCCAACGCCCUUUCAGAGUUCACCCUUGGGACAGAGUGACUACAGUGAGUAUGUUCCGAUGUUACCUGGAAAAUUCCUGGGGAGGGGUCUAGACAAGGAAGCCUCCUUUAGCCAGAGCCCCAAAGACCCAGCUUCAAAGCCUUCAAAUGAGGGGUCAUUCUCAAGACCUGGAGACAGGGGCUCACCUGCAAAGCCGUCAGAUGAUGACCCCCCAAUGAACAAGGCUAAGAGACUUAACCGACUCUCUUUUAUUGCAAAAGGAAAUAAAAUAAAGCCCAAACCACUAAAGCCCACACAGGAGCAGAGAGGAACUGACAGCUCCCGUGACUAUAUCAACAUUGACUUCAUUAAGAGAGAGCGCCUUAUGCCAGCUCUCUCUGCUCAAGGACUGCCAGAUUCAUGGGGCUUAAUUACUGAGCCCAGACGCACAGCUUUUUCUAGUUACCUGAAUGUUGAGUUCGGGGUGCCCUUUUCAAAUCCAGCAAUCCGCCUCUCAGAUCUUUUAAGAGUUCUACCAGGUGCCAAUUCCAUCUCUCUGGCAGGUGCUAGGUGGCCCUUUGGUCCUUUUCCAGGCAACGCUACAGGUCGCAUUGUGGAAGAGGGUGAAUAUAUUGAAGUAAUUUUCAACCCAGCCAUGACACCAGCCGUGCCUUUUGCUGACAGUGCCAUUCGCUAUGAUGCUCAAACCGGUCGAAUCUACGUAGUCGACCCAUUUUCUGAGUGCUGUAUGGACAUUUCUCUCUCUCCGGGUCGAUGCUCAGAACCGCCACCUGUAGCUAGGCUGCUGCAGGAGGAAGUGCAAGAGAGAAGACGCCAACAAAGCCGUUCCCAAAGUUUAUUUGCCAACACCAGAGCCGCUGUGUCUGCUUUCCCGACUGACAGCUUGGACAGAGACUUUCCUGCCGCUUCUGCUGGGGUUGCUGCUCAAGCUGAGGCGCCCCUCUUGGCAGUGAGCCAGGCUUUAGCGGUGGUCUCCGGGCUCGCAGUGGCCCCCAGCAUUGGCGCUCUCUUUGCUGGCUUCCAGGCUGCUGCAGGGUUUGACUCCGCCUCCGCUCCCUGGUUCCAACCUGUUGCUAAUGCUCUUGGUGCCCCAGCUGUAAGAGGGGUCCAGGACAUUGCUGCAGGCUGGAAUCCUGCAGCCCUUAACCAAGCUGCCAGAGGCGAGGACCUGGCAGCCGGUGCAGCCGCUCCCCCACCACCACCUCGCCCGAGUCCGGUGCUCAGACCCCCAGAGAGAGCGGGUUCUGAGGAAGACAACGAUGACAACGGCGACGACGACGACGACAAUGAUGAUGACGACGACAUUUACGUGAGAAUGGACUUUGCCAGACGUGACAACAAGAAGUGACCACUCUCUGAAAAGAGGUUGGUGAAUUUAUAAUUAAAUUCCUGAAGUUAGUGGAAACUGUUGGUUGAGUGAGUGAGUGAGUGA